AUGUCCGCCAACGACGCUGCCGACAUUGUCAUCCUCGGCAUCCCUCUCAACUACAUCAUCGCCGCCUUCCUCACCAGCUCCCCCAUCACCUCCUAUGCCGACCAAAUGUUCUACGUCUGGCGCCGCAAGUCCUCUGACGGCUUUGCCCUCGACACAUGCGCCUUGCUCAUCGCCGUCUCCACCCUGCGCAUCUUCUUCUGGUUCGGCCGCGACCUAGAGCUGCCAAUCUUCCUGCAGUCUUGCUCAAUGCUCGGCGUCCAGCUUAUAUAUCUCAAGCUGGCACUCAUGUACAUGCCUGCUGCUUGGAGACGCGCAAAAUCCAUGGAGGACGUCUUCAUCCCUUUCAAGCGACCUUUCUACUUUUGGCAGUGGAAGAGUGAUUGGAAGUUUUAUCUGUGCAUCGCCAUCUUCAUGGGCACCCUUGCGCUUCUUCAGUUCCUCCUCCGCUCGUUUGACACCUGGUUCCUCUUCAUCGAGCGUCUCGCUGUCGCCUUGGAAGCCUUCAUCCCCCUCCCUCAGCUCAUCCUCAACUACACCCGUCACUCGCUCUCCGGCUUCCGUUUCACUCUUCUCUUUGCCUGGGUUUCUGGUGACUUUGUCAAGACCUUGUUCUACUACAUCAACGGCGAGGCAUACUACUACCAGAUCGGCGGCACAUGCCAGACUCUCCUCGACUGCGGCAUCCUCGCCCAGUACGUCUACUAUUGGCGCAAGAAGCGUCUUGAAUCCAAGCGCCAAGCUGAGCUCGAGGGACUCGAAGUCGAAGAGCUAAGUCUGAACGAGACCAGCAUCUCUGCCGACGAAACCUCUGCCUUGCUCGCAAACGAAGAAGCCAUGCCGCGCGCCUCCAUCGAGAGCAAUCGGAUCAGUCCCUCUGCGACAUCAACCUCAGUCUCAAGCUCGCCUGCCUCAACAAUCAAGAUCGAGAAACAGAUCUCUCGACACAGCGACUUUGACGGCGCCUCCGUCUCAUCCGCGGCAAAGAACAAGGCGGCUGAGAACCUGGUUUAA